UGUAGUUCCACUAGCAAGAAGAGGGACUCCAAGAGAUCAGCUUUACUAUACCUUAGUAGAAAGUCAAAUAUUUACAAGAAUGAAGAUGCUCUUGUCCCAAAGAUAUCUACAGAUGGUGAAAGUUUUGUUCAUUUUUUUCCUUGCUUGCUUUGCAACAUGCCAAGAAUCUGAAAACAAAAGAUCACUGACAGAACAUCAGUUCAUGAGUGAUAGAGGGAAGGCUCUUCAAGAAUUAAAGCGACUAAUGUGGCUUCAGAAUCUCAUGAUGGGAGUGCACACAGCCAGUGAUAGAGGGCACAUAGCCCGGUCACGUUUUAUGUGGACCUCACCAAAGAACCCAGAUCUCUCUGACUUCUACAACAGCAUGGGGAAGGAAGAGAUGCCAAACAUGAUAAGACAACUCUUGUUGGGACAGCUGGAAGAGUCACCUUUGGGUGUACUGAGGAAAGAAAAUGUGUUGCAAUAUUUAAAGAAUGUAAAAGAUAGGCAGGAUAUGGAAGAUUUUGCUGAUUUAUUUGAAGCUGGAGAUCAAGAUGUCAAGAGAGAUCUCAGUACUCAAACAUAGAUCUCUUCAUCUAACCUCUUGCGGUCUGUCUGUUACUUGAAAUACACACAGGUAUUUUGAGGGUGAACAAAAAUAAAGGUUAACUAUUAACUAUGAAGAAAAUAUGCAUGUUUGUGCCAUUUACUACUCAUUAGCAUUAAGAGCCAGAACAUUUCCCUCAUACUUUGUUUUAAGAAUUCACAUAUACGGAUUAUAAUUUUUCCUUCUGGAUAGCCUAAGAAUUCUAUAACUGUUAGCAUACUAACCAGGGGUGCACAAUAAUCAUUAUUGCUACUUUGCUCUUCACAUUUGUUGAAUAAUUUGAUUGUUUUGUAUAUUCUAAAUAUCAAAAUAUGCUUGCAUGUUUUGUUGGGUGAAGGUAGAAUAUCCUGUUCUGAUUAUUUUAUCCUCUACCUGUAUAACUUUUUCCACUUUAUCCCUUAAAGUGAAGCCAGGGAUAACAAGAGUGCACAGUUAAUUCACUACUACACAGGAGCAAUGCUAAACAAAUCACAAUACUGUACAGGCUGACCUAACCAUAAUAAAAGUAUCAGUGGUAGAACAUGCUCUUCUCUUGAGCAUUUCUCAGAUUCAGUGUAUAAUCACUGAACAGAUUACAGAACUGACUUCAUGGUGGUGCUUUCCAGAACCAGACCAUGCAGUCUGGGGGCAAUCAGAAACAGCAGAUUAUUCAAGCUCUGUGCCUAUGUAUCAGUUAUAAAGCCAGCCUGCCGACCUCUGUUUAGGGGGACUUCAUCUGGGUGUCAUUUUUCUUGAUUUUUAAUUGCAAAUAUUUUUAUAUUCUUCCUGAGGAAUCCCUGAAGACUAUCCAGACGGAGGAUAAAUAUAAUACUUUUUUUUGUUAUGGAUAAGAGUAUGGAGAGUGGUUUCUCAAUCUGCAACCUAUUUCAGAUCUAAACUAUGUCAGACUCAUACAGAAAACUCUGAAUAAUUAUAUCCUAAAGACACUUAUUAAGGAGUGAUUUCCACUGAAUAUAGUGGAAAUAACCUACACAGUGCCAUCUUCACAAAUUCCAAAAGAGUAUUAAAGGGCACAAACAUUAAAAAUCUAUCUAAUGUAAAGUAAAGUAAUGUAAAUGCUAAAUAUAUACACUCUUCAAGUACAAAUGCAGUGUUGAUACAGCUUUUUUCCCCAGGUCAACAGAAAUGUCAAGUUUCAUUUUGUAUGAAUGUAUCAGUUCUGUUAAAACCACCAUCUGAUGGUUAAAUGCAGAUACAUAUGUACUGUACUACACAUUUCACACAGUGAACUAUUUUAAACAAGGCCGGCAUUCUCAGUCUCAUAUGCUUUUUGCAUGGAAUAUAUCAGUGUUGUAGUUUGU